CAGCUGAGAGAAGGAAAUAAAAAACUUUGCAGAACACAGUUCUUGAAUGGAUGGUUUGAAUGGUGUGUGUAAAUACAGAUGCUACAUACACAUUAUAUGCAACAUGACUAAUAGAUUUUGGUUUUACCUUGCGUAACACACUUUUACCAAACCAGAAUUAUAUUUUGGGAAUGCUUACAGCAUUAUAUAGAUCUCACAGGCAUGCUCUCAGUUCACAUUUAACUCGUUUUCCAGAGCAUCGUGUUUCAAGGAUCAGUUUACUCCUUGUUUUAGGAAUUCUCUUCCAUGAUAAUCCAUAACGGGAGCUGCAAAUAUGAAGAAAAUCACUAAAGUGCUGCUAGUUUGCCUUGCCAUUGUUUUGCUUGUCAUAAUUUCCAUUAUGGUGUCUCGUCUAGCAAAGAAACACUCUAGUUCUGAUGGCAAGAAUCAAACAUAUACAAUGACAGACUAUCUCCAAAAUACACUUGGUUAUAAAAUGUAUUAUGUGGACUGGAUAUCUGAUACUGAAUAUCUGUACAAAACCAAAGAAGGAAACACCAUUCUUCGCAAUGUAGAAAGUGGUACAACGAAAGAUAUCCUAAAUAAAACAACACUGGACAGCGUAAAUGCCACAUAUGCCUUUUUUUCUCAUGAUUUAAAAUAUGCCCUUCUACAGUGCAACUAUGUAAAGGUGUGGAGGUAUUCCUACACAGCUACUUUUCAUAUAUAUGAUCUUAAGCAAAGUGUUUUUAUAACAGAAAAUCCACUACCCACUAAAAUUCAGAACAUAGUAUGGUCUCCUGUUGGACACAAAUUGGCAUACGUUUGGAAAAAUAAUGUUUUCUUAAAACUGGAACCAAAUUCACCAUCUGUACAAGUUACCAAAAAUGGAGAAUACAAUAAAAUCUAUAAUGGAAUUCCUGACUGGGUUUAUGAAGAGGAAAUGUUUGGUUCAAGCAAUGCUCUCUGGUGGUCUCCAAGUGCAAGAUUUGUAGCAUAUGCAGAAUUUAAUGACACAGAUGUUCCUGCAAUUGAGUAUUCAUUUUAUGGUGAUAUGCAAUACCCUGAGACAAUUCAUAUUCCGUAUCCUAAGGCUGGUUCUAAUAAUCCUAUUGUGAGAGUAUUUGUUGUGGAUUCUCAAAAUGUUAUGGAAACAUCUGUGAGGGAAAUACAAGUCCCCUCAAUGUUAGCAUCAAGCGAUCAUUAUUUGAGUUGGGUGACAUGGGUAACAGAUGAACGUAUCUCUGUUAAGUGGGUGAAAAGGAUACAAAAUGUUUCGAUGCUGGCAAUAUAUGACUUAAAGGAAAACUCCAAUUGGGAAUGCCCUCAGAACCAACAGCACAUCGAGACAAGUAAAACCGGAUGGAUCGGAGUAUUUUUCCCUUCAGUACCUUGGUUCUCAUCUGAUAAUGUUUCCUACUAUGAAAUCUUUAGUGACAAGGCAGGCUAUAAACAUAUAUACUAUAUAAACGGAAGCAUGGAAAAUGCAGUACCUCUCACAACUGGGAAAUGGGAAGUGAUAUAUAUUGUUAUGCUGACUGAUGACUCCUUAUAUUAUAUAAGCAAUGAGUUUCAAGAUCGUCCAUCAACAAGACAUAUCUUUAAGCUUAACCUUAAGAAAAACAAUCCAAAGGCUGAGUGUAUAACUUGCAUUUUACGAGACGAAAGAUGCAAAUAUUAUACGGCAUCCUUCAGCAAAUUUGGGAAGUACUAUAUUCUGAACUGCUAUGGCCCUGGUGUUCCUAUAUUUACGCUUCACCACAGCAAGGAUAAUAAAGAGCUUGAAAUUUUAGAAGACAACAAGAAUCUGACGGAAUUGCUGAAGAGGUACCAUAUGCCUACAGUGGAAAGGAACACCAUAGAAGUGAAUGGGCUGACUUUAUGGUAUCAGAUGAUCUUGCCUCCUAAUUUUGACAAAAGAAAGAAGUAUCCCUUACUAAUUUAUACGUAUGCAGGUCCUGGUACUCAGCUAGUACGAGAGACGUACCUCAAUACUUGGGAAGUAUACCUUGCAAGCACAGAAGGGAUAAUUGUAGCUUCUGUUGAUGGAAGAGGAAGCUCUAACCGAGGUGAUCAUAUAAUGCAUGCCGUAUAUCGAAGGCUUGGGACAUAUGAAAUCGAAGAUCAAAUCUCAGCAACAAAAAAAUUUAUCGAAAUGGGAUUCAUUGAUAAAGAAAAAGUAGCAAUAUGGGGCUGGUCAUAUGGUGGAUAUGUAACUUCCUUGGCUCUUAGUGCUGGAACUGGAGUGUUCAAAUGUGGAAUGGCAGUUGCACCUGUAUCAGACUGGCGAUAUUAUGCUUCAAUCUAUACAGAACGUUACAUGGGUCUACCUACUGAAUCAGAUAAUCUUGAAGCAUAUGAGAAUUCAACAGUGAUGUCUAGAGCUCAGAAUUUCAGAAUGGUUGAUUACCUCCUUAUCCAUGGAACAGCAGAUGACAAUGUACAUUUCCAGCAGGCAGCACAAAUUUCCAAAGCACUUGUAGAGGCACAGGUGGAUUUCCAAGCAAUGUGGUACACGGAUAAAGAUCACGGCCUUCCUGGGUUGGCUUUAAACCACGUUUACAUCCACAUGACACACUUUUUGAAGCAAUGCUUUUUGCUUCAUUGAUGCACUCCCGAAAAGCAAGACAAUUUUCUCUAUGCAACAGGAGAGCUACCAAAUGCUGCUGUUGACCAAAGACAAUACCUGGCUAGAGCUGUUGUGGAUAAAGCUGCUGUACUCCCAUUAGCAAGUUUACCAGUUUCAAGUUUUCAGCUUUGAAUUUUUAUACUCAGGACAUUUCUUACAAUCAAAAUGUGUUUUUUAAUGAGUCUGUUUUUUAACACCUCAUGCUUGUAAUCUUUUGUAAUUAUUGUUUUGACAAAAUGUAUUUUCAUCAGAGUAUUCUGGCAGCAAACUAUUUUAGUUUGUGCAAAAUUUAUAGCAUAUUUGUGUUUUGUAAGUAUUUACCUAACAGAUUGUUUUAUUCCUUCAUGAAAUAAAACUGAAUGAGCGCAUUCCAAAAAUGUA